AUGUCGCCAGUCCUCCUCCCCGCUCUAAUGGACACCUUGUACCAAUUCCCGCUCCUCCCAGCUGUAGCAGCCUCGGGUGUACUAUGGUACUGGUUCAACUCCUCCAGUACUCUCAAAUCCACCAGUACUGUCGGUGCUCUUCGUAGGAAAAGACUACCUGGACCAAGGCGACUCCCGAUUAUCGGCAAUGUGCUGCAGAUGCCGCAGGAGAGGCCGUGGCUGGUUUUUGCGGAAUGGGCUAAACGAUAUGGCAAUUUAUUCCAAGUCGAUAUCCUCGGUCAACCACUCGUCGUGAUCAACUCGGCCAAGACGGCGCUCGACCUCUUGGACAAAAAGUCAGCUACGAACUCGAAUAGGCCGCACUUCGUUAUGGCUGGUGAACUAAGCGGCUAUGGAACGAUGUUCCCAAUCAUGCCUUAUGGCGAAAGCUGGCGGAGACACCGCCGUGUUGUGGCCCAAGAUUUUGCCCAGGGCGUGGUAGGACGCUACGCCCCCCUGCAGGAGAAAGAAACGAGACUCUUGUUCAGAAACGUCCUUGCCAACCCGGAGAAUCUCAAGUCAGAGAUCGCCUUACGAGUAGGCAUUAUCAUCAUCCGUAUCACCUACGGCUACUACAUCCAAUCAAAAGACGACCCAAUCCUCACCACUCCCCUCCAAGCGAUGCACAACUUUAGUAUCGCGACGACACCAGGGAACUUUAUUGUUGAUUUUCUACCUUUUCUGAAGCACAUACCGGAGUGGAUGCCAGGUUCGCGGUUCCACCGAAUUGCGAGGGAGUGGAGGGAAGUUGUGCGGGUGGCCACGUUCACCCCGUAUGAAUGGUGUAAACGUAACUUGGAAACGGGAAAGACUCUGAUGCCCAACUUAUGCGGAAACUUAUUAUCAAGCGGGACGCUUAGCGCCGAAGAAGAGCGGACACUCGCAUUUGCAUCUUCCAGUGUCAUGGGUGGCGGUCUCGAUUCGAACGUAUCCAGCGCCCUAUCGUUCUUCAUGGCCAUGAUCCUCAAUCCUAACGUGCAACGGAAAGCGCAAGCAGAGAUAGACGCGGUCGUUGGUUCGGAUCGGCUCCCGUCUAUUUCUGAUCGUGCUUCGUUACCGUAUGUGCGGAGUGUUAUGACUGAGGUUUUGCGUUGGGCGCCUGCUUUUCCUAUGGGCAUUGCACACAGCUCGACAGAAGACGACGUUUAUGAAGGAUAUCAUAUCCCCAAAGGCGCGAUCCUCAUGCCAAACGUUUGGAACAUGCUGCGCGACCCCGAAGUCUACCAAAACCCUAUGGAAUUCAGGCCAGAGCGCUACGGCAAUUCGGAUGCGGAGAUGACCAAGGUCAAUGAUCUUGUGUUUGGGUUUGGAAGGAGGGUGUGUCCGGGGAUGCAUCUAGCUGAGAACACGCUGUUCUCUAUCAUCGCUACUUCCCUCGCUACGUGUACGGUCCUCCCUGCGCUUGAUGAGUCUGGGAACCCGGUUCUUCCAGACCCGUUGGAUUACACGACUGGGACUAUUAGCUUCCCAAGCCCGUUCCCAUAUCGCCUGUUACCCCGUUCUGAAAAGGCGGUGACAAUGCUGGCUGAGAUUAGCACCGACCCAGAAUAAUCUGCUUCGCUAUUAUUGCCAUACGUGUAUUAUUGUCAUACGUGAGAUCUUGAGAAGGGGUACGUUACUUGUUAGGGGGCUUUGAUUAAUUAC